CUCGGUCGCCCCAAUCUCCGUUUAUGCCAGUUCCCGACUGAACCCGACCCGGUAAGUUCCUUUCUUGAACCCCCUCUUUUUAAAGCUGGAUUCUUUAUGCCAUAUUCUCCCUCCAGAAAUUCUGGGUUUUCUUGAAUGAAACCUCUGCUGAGCUCUCCAUUUGUGGGAUCUUGAAUUGAAAGAUUGGGCUGAUAUGUAUGAAACCCUAGAAUGUUUUUGUUUUGUUUAGGAAAGAUUGGGUUUUUUAUAAUUUAAAGAGAAGAUAUUCUUGGGAAUCUGAUGUAAUUAUGGCUUCGAAUUUGGAACCCAUACCUGUAACUUCACAAAAACAUGACCCAGCAUGGAAGCAUUGUCAAAUGUAUAAAAAUGGGGAUAGGGUUCAACUAAAGUGUGUAUAUUGUGGGAAGGUGUUUAAGGGUGGUGGGAUUCAUAGGAUUAAGGAACACCUUGCUGGGCAGAAGGGAAAUGCCUCUACUUGUAUGAGAGUUCAGCCCGAGGUUCGGAUUUUAAUGCAAGAGAGCUUAAAUGGGGCUGCAUUGAAGAGAAGGAAGAAGCAAAAACUCGAUACCCAAAUUGUCCUUACCGGCAAUAUUGAGCCUUUAAGUGAAUUGAGCCCCGGGGUCGAGUUGCUUCCUGUGGUGGAUUCGCUUGAGCAAAGUUUUGGCGCGUUUGGGUGCCAAGACGAGGGAGAGGGAACAAGCAACCAAGUUACAGGGAGGAAGAAGAAGGGGAGGAUUAGGAAGGCGAUAACUAGUAAAGAGGUUGUGAAUGGCGGCAUCACUAGGGCUAAUGACCAAGUUCAUAUGGUGAUUGCGAGGUUUUUACUUGAUGCGGGGAUACCCUUUGAAGCCGUGAAGUCUCCUUAUUUCCAGCCUAUGAUUGACGCGAUCGCUUCUCAAGAAUCCGGGAUAAUGGGUCCCACUUACCACGAACUAAGAUCUUGGAUCUUGAAGAACUCAAUCCAAGAAGUGAGGAACGAAAUCAGCAGAUGCUCCCACACAUGGACGCGAACCGGGUGUUCGGUUUUGGUCGAAGAGUCGACAACUGAGAGGGGCAAAUCCGUCAUAAACUUCUCGGUGCAUUGUCUAGAGGGGACGAUGUUCUUGAGGUCAGUAGACACUUCUGAAAUGGUACAUUCUACUGAAACCUUAUACGGAUUGCUUAGAGACGUGGUGGAGGAAGUAGGGGUCAGAAAUGUCUUGCAAAUUAUUACAAGCAACGAAGAACGGUACAUAGAAGCAGGGCAAAGGGUGAGCGACACUUACCCCACAGUUUUCUUGGCCCCAUGUGCUUCCCAAUGCAUCGACGUGAUGCUCAAUGAUAUCACAAGUCUCGGAUGGGUAAACGAAACUCUAGGGCAAGCUAAAACUAUAUCUAGGUUUAUCUAUAACAAUAACAACAUCUUGAAUUUGAUGAGACAGCAUACUUUUGGAGUUGACAUGGUUGACUUGGGCGCGACGCGUUCAUCAACCGAUUUCUUGACAUUAAAUAAAAUGUUAAACAUCAGACAACAUUUGCAAUCAAUGGUUACUUCUGUGGAGUGGAUGGAGAGUCCUCAUUCAAAGAAGCCUGAGGGGUUUUCGGUCCUGGAUUUGAUUGGCAGCGAGUCGUUUUGGUCCAGCUGCACGUUGAUAACCCGCCUCACGGGCCCACUCUUGAGACUUUUAAGGAUAGUCGGGAGCAAGAAACGCCCUGCAAUGGGAUAUGUUUAUGCGGGUCUCUACCGGGCAAAAGAAGCAAUCAAGAAAGAACUCGCUCACAAGAACGACUACUUGGUGUAUUGGAACAUUAUAGACCACAGGUGGGCCCCGCUGCAGCGGCACCCACUUCAUGCCGCGGGGUUUUACCUCAACCCGAGGUACUUUUACGCCACCGUGGAAGACGUUCACCUUUAUUUGAGGUCCUUGGUGUAUGAUUGCAUAGAGAGAUUGGUUCCCGACCCGAACAUUCAAGACAGGAUUGUUAAGGAGACUUCCUCUUACCAGAAUGCUGCUGGGGAUUUUGGGCGCAAGAUGGCUGUCCGUGCUAGAGACACUCUAUUUCCUGGUGAGUGGUGGUCAACAUACGGCGGGGGGUGUCCAAAUUUAUCACGUUUGGCUAUUCGCAUCUUAAGCCAAACGUGUAGUUUGAUGAGCCAUGCCAAGCCAAAGCUAUCUCAUUUGGAGCAGAUGCAUGAAACCAGUAACUCCAUAGAGCAUCAAAGGCUCAAGGACAUUGUCUUUUUACAGUCCAAUUUACACUUGAGGGAACACCAUGGCAAUAAGAGCAGAGAGGAUGGCUCCGUGGACCCCAUUUCAUACGAAAACUUACCCUUCAUUAAGGAUUGGGUUUCGGAGAGGGAGCCAUGCUUGUACGAACCAGCAAGCUCGGACUGGAUGGUUGUGGACCCACCUUCGUCUAAUGCCGUGCUCUUGUCACCUCAAGUUGAAGAUGACUUUGAAGCAUUGGGUGCAGGUUUUGGCGAUUAUGAGAUUUUUGAUGGAGUGAAAGAUAUGGUCAAAGAUGAAAAUGGCGAUGAUACCUUGUAAAAAAACAGUACAACAAUGGCGACCCAUUCAUUAUCUGUCAUUUGCUCUAAUUUGUUUCUGCAGAUUUACCCUUUGGGCAGUCAAAAUUUGAGUUACUGCAUAAUUUGGCAAUGGUAAAAUAUACAAUGUGGUGAUUUUUAAUAUUUGUACUAUGAAUGGAUGGCUUUUAUUUGCUUUAAAAAUCAGUGAAAAAAGACCUCCAAUGAAAAAUAGUCUCGUAG